AUGACUUCCUCGGUUCACAAGGCGCUCUUGGUUCUAGAGAAGGGUGGACCACCCACGGUCGGUACACGCCCAACUCCUAAGCCGAGCAAAGAUCAGAUUCUGGUCAAGGUCUCCGCGACUGCUUUGAAUCCCGUCGACGCAUACAUGGCUCUCACAGGACUUUUCAUUCAAUCUUACCCUGCCAUGUUCGGGUGCGAUGCAGCGGGCAUCGUAGAGGAGGUUGGCGAGGAUGUCAAGGCGUUUGCCAAAGGAGACAGAGUUUUGUUCGCGGGCGACUUCAAGCCAGAUAUGCAUACUUUCCAGGAAUAUGCACUCGCCCAUGCAUCAACGUCCUGCAAGAUACCUGCAAAUAUGACAUUUGAGGAAGCUUCGACGAUCCCCCUCGUCCUCGGCACCGCAGCCGUAGGAAUGUACGGGGUGCUGAAGACGCCACAUGGAGGGGCGGGUCUCGUAGCGCCUUGGGUAGAGGGUGGUAGGAACAAAUAUCAUAACGAGCCUGCGAUUGUUAUAGGAGGCGCAAGCGGCGUUGGUCAGUGUGCAAUUCAGCUGGCGAAAAUGUCAGGAUUCAACCCAAUCAUCACCAGCGCCUCCUCCCACAACACAGCGUACUGCGAAACGGCGGGUGCGACUCACGUCAUCGACUACCAGAAGACUCCUUACGGGCCAGCCUUCGUCGAGGCUGUCUCUGCCAUCACGACCGCUCCGAUCAAGUUCAUCUACGAUGCCAUAAGCGCUGAGGCCUCACAAACCACUUGCUGGUCCAUUCUCGCCCCGGGUGGGAAGUUGGUCGUCGCAAGCCCUAUUACCUCCAAAAAUAUAGGAGAACCCGGUGUCGAGGACAAAGACGGAAGGAGGGUCAUCACCGUUUUUGGAAGUGUGCACAGUGAUGAAGUGGGAGGAGAUGUGCAGCUUGGGAAGAGCUUGUACACCGCGCUGGAGACGAUGUUGAGAGACGGUGACAUCAAGCCGAGUAAGGUCGAGGUGCUUCCAGGAGGGUUGAGCGGCCUCCCGGAAGGAUUUGCGAGGUUGAUGGCUAAGAAGAUCAGUGGGGCUAAAAUGGUCGUGAGGGUUGCGGACACACCGAAGUGA